CUUCCGCACCGGUUGGAACCCACUCUUGUGGCAGAGCUUGGAAAUCUGCCUCCUCCUGGGGAGCAGCCUCUCCCCCACUGUCCCUGCCCUCAGAGCUCUCUCUCUCACUGUGGGCAGGACAUGAUGCAGUCUUGGCAGAGAAGGCUCAGACCCCGGCCUCCCUCUCUGGGCUCCCUCUCCCUCCCCAGCCCGGCUGGCAGAGGAUCCAAGCCCAGAACCAGAGACAUGGCCGCCAACAGCCGGAGCCCCUUGUCCCAGGAGAUGGUAUCAUUCAAGGAUAUUAUGGUGCACUUUACUGAAGAGGAGUGGGGCUUCUUGGACCCUUCUCAGAAGAAGCUGUACAAGGAGGUCACGCUGGAGAAUGUACAAAAUCUGCUGUCCCUGGAUGUAGAAUCUGGGUUGAGAGUAAAUGAGAUGAGUAAAAAGCUGGGAAUUUUUGUGAAAAAACAUGACCUGCAAAGGUUCAUGGAUGAUGGUCCCUGUGACUUCAAUUUGAAGGAAUUGCAUGAUUUGAAUCUCAAAGUAGAUAGAUAUCCAAAGAGUGAUUGUGAAUUGGAUGAAAUUGAAAAGAGAUUCCGAUGGACUUCUAUCCUAAAUCACUGUAAGAAAAUGAACUCAGGAAGUGAUUAUCUUCAAGGUAGUGAAUACAAGAAAUGCUUCACUGAAGAGGUAAAGCCAUUGGUUCCAGGUAAUCAAUGGGAUAUAGCUGUGAAAUGCAGUUCAGACCUCCAUGGUGAUCAGAAAAGUGAUACUGAAGAAAUGCUUUCUGUAAGUGAUAAAAGAGAGCCUAUCAGUCAGAACUCUAAUCUUCUUACUCAUCAGCAAAUGCAUAUUAGAAAAGAACCUGAUGAAAAUAAUGUAUGUGAAGCAACCUCAUCCUAUCUCUCAUCUCUUCCUUAUCACCCUGGAAUGAAAAGAUCUGGAUAUGAUCAGUGUGGGAAAGCCUUUGGUUGGAAUCCAGCUCUUGCUAGCCCGCAGAAGGCUCAUACUAGAGAGGUGUCUCAUGAAUGUUCUGACUGUGGGAGAGCUUUCUAUUGCAGAUCAUUCCUGCUUGACCAUCAGAGAAUUCACUCUAGAGAGAAGCCUUAUUUAUGUCUUCAGCGUGGAAAGCCUUAUAUAUGCAAUCAAUGUGGAAAAACUUUUACAGAUCUCUCCAGUCUAGCAAAGCAUAAGAAAACCCACAUUGGAGAGAAGUCUUAUGAAUGUAAUCAAUGUGGAAAGACUUUUAGAUCAAGCUCCUGUCUGGCUAAACAUCAAGGAAUCCACAUUGGAGAGAAACCUUUUAAAUGUAAUCAGUGUGGAAAGGCUUUCACAUUCUCUUCCAGUCUUGGUACACAUAAGAGAAUCCACACUGGAGAGAAACCUUUUAAAUGUACUCAUUGUGGAAUGGCUUUCACACAGAGUGCCCAUCUUGGUUUACAUCAGAGAAAGCACACUGGAGAAAAACCUUUUAAAUGUAGUCAUUGUGGAAAGGCUUUUAGAUGCAGCUCAAGUCUUGCUAGACAUCAGGGAAUCCACACUGGAGAGAAACCUUUUAAAUGUGAUCAGUGUGGAAAGGCUUUCAUAAGUAAUUACAGGCUUGUAGAACAUCAGAGAAUCCACACAGGAGAAAAACCUUUUAAAUGUAGUCAGUGUGGAAAGCCUUUCAUAAGUAAUUGUAGACUUGCAGAACAUCAGAGAAUCCACACUGGAGAGAAACCUUUUAAAUGUAAUCAAUGUGGAAAGGCUUUCAUAAGUAAUUACAAGCUUGCAGAACAUGAGAGAAUCCACACUGGAGAGAAACCUUUUAAAUGUAAUCAGUGUGCAAAGGCUUUCAUAAGUAAUUACAGGCUUGCAGAACAUCAGAGAAUCCACACAGGUGAAAAACCUUUUAAAUGUAAUCAGUGUGGAAAAGCUUUCAUAAGUAAUUACGGACUUUCAGAACAUCAGAGAAUCCACACUGGAGAGAAACCUUUUAAAUGUAAUCAGUGUGGAAAGGGUUUCAGAUUCUCCUCCAGUCUUGUUACACAUCAGAGAAUUCACACAGGUGAGAAACCUUUUAAAUGUAAUCAGUGUGGAAAGGAUUUCAUAAGUAAUUACAGUCUUGUGGCCCAUCAGAGAAUCCACACAGGAGAAAAACCUUUUAAAUGUAAUCAAUGUGGAAAGGACUUCACACGGAGUGCCCAUCUUUCUUUACAUUGGAAAAUCCACACUGGAGAGAAACCUUUUAAAUGUAGUCAGUGUGGAAAGGCUUUCAUAAGUAAUUACAGUCUUGUGGCCCAUCAGAGAAUCCACACAGGAGAAAAACCUUUUAAAUGUAAUCAGUGUGGAAAGGAUUUCACACAGAGUUCCAAUCUCACUUUACAUCAGCGAAUCCACACUGGAGAGAAACCUUUUCAAUGUAAUCAAUGUGGAAAGGCUUUUACAUCCAGCUCCCAUCUUGCUAAACAUCAGAAAAUCCACAUUGGAGAGAAACCUUUUAAAAUGUAAUUAAUGUUGAAAGAGUUAAAUGCAGCUCCCAUAUUGCCAAACAGUAUCCACAUGGGAAUGAAACCUUUAUUUUUGGUAAUUGUUGGAUUUUUCUUUUUCUAUUUUGGGUUAGAGAGGUUAGCAUUGGGAAAUGUACUAGCCAUAGGAUUGUCCUGCUCCUAAUUUUCUAAUCUAAAAGAAUAAGGAAGGCUUUAUUACAGUAAUGAGACAUGAAUAGAACAGAAAGACUGGGAAAGCUUUGAAAAAUGUUUUAUUAAAUUAAUUAGUACUCAAAAAAAUUUUUGUUUUGCAUAUUUGUUUGACAUUUUUUGUUUUGUGUAAAUUUAAAAUGUUCAUUUGAUUUCAUU